AAAUGAUUCAUAUAAUAAUAAAUCAAUUCCACUUCAUGGUUCAUCUCCAAAUUCAUUUCUCAAUUUUCCUUCAUCUCAACACUGGAAUGAAGACACUAUUCCUGGAAAUUUAUGCCUGGAUCCUACUGUGAAAAAAGUCAGUCGUUGUGAACUUGAAGUUGAUGUAAUUGCUGAAGACAUCUUGAAUCAAAUAAAUGUUGAAAGUUGUAUUGGUCAUAAUCCUGGUAUAACUGCUAUGUGGGAAGAUGAAAGACAACGAAGACGAGAUAUUGGACUAUCUUCACAAGUUGCUCUUCCUGUUUCACAAGAUCGUGUUGAAACACCUGUAUUGAAUCUUGAGAAAGAAUUCAAAGAAAAAAUCAAAGAAAUUAUUGAUGAACGAAACAAAGUGAUUCAAAGUGAGUUGGAGACAAUGGAAAAAUCUCUUUCACCCAAAGACUUUAAAGAAUUUUCUCAAAGUAUUUUGUCACAAGGCAAGCAACCGCAGUGUGAAGCAACAAUAAACCAAGAUGUGGAUGUGGAUAGUCCAGUUGUUGAUCAGUCAGUUAUAGAUAUACUACAAGCCAGCCAGGCCAGCAAUUCAUCUGGAGAGUUGGAUAAAGAAUUGGUGGAGAUUUUAAUGAGUUUGGAUAAGGAUGACAAUGAAACACUGCUGCAUGAAUGCUCUCAUAUUGCGGGCUCACAAAAAGGUAGUGAUGAUGAACAUGAUGAAGAUAUUGAUGAAGAUAAAGAAUCAAUAUUAAUGUCACAGCCAUUUUGGAAAGAUGAUGAAGAGGGACAUGAUUUCCAAAGUUCGGAGGAUGGAGAGGAAAUGGACUGGAAACCACCUUCACGUAUGCCUCAAGUGGAUGGUCCUGGUGAUGCCGAGGACUCUGGGGGACAUGGUAGCACGUGUACAACUGUAUCACGUGGUUUUAAGGAUAAAAAUUGGAAAAUGAAAAUCGAGUAUGACGACGACAAUGAUUUUCAAAGUAAAGAAAAAUCAAAAAGUAAAAAUUUAAAGAAAUGUAAACAAGGUGGAAGAAAAAGAAAAAUUGCUCAACUUAAUGUGUUUGGUGGCUGUCAUAAAACUCAAAAUGACGUUGAUACAUCAACACACAUUUCUUCUCGGCAAAUGAUGACGAAUGACAAUAAACGUCGAGAAACGAUGACCCCAACAAGUCCAUUUCGAGGAAGUAAGAACAAUGUUAAUGAAGAAUUCCCUGAUUUCCAUUCAUUUUAUCCAUCAAAUAAACGAGGGAGAUCUGGGGAGAGUAAUUCUUCGGGUUCUAAAACAAAUACAAUGAAAAACGUGAAGAUGAUGGAUAAAGAAACUGUUUCUAAUAAUUUUAAAAAAACAUCAAAAGGAAAGAAGAAGAUGUCUGGAUUAAAGAAGGGAAAUGAAAUAUUCCGUAAUCUUGGCGUUUCAAAAAAUGGCAGAGAACUUUUACGUUGUACAGAGAACGAUUCUAGUGGAUCUCAAACGUCAGAUUUUGAACUUUGGUUAAGCGAAAGCUCCUGUGAUGAUCACGAUGAUGAUGAUUUUAAAGCAACUUUCAUCAAAAAUUUUCAUAAAAAUAAAGUAUUUCAAGGCUCGUUUGGCACAAAUGAGGCGAAUGAAUGUGGGAAAAAUAAUUUGAAGACGAGAACCAAACUUAUGUCGAAAAAAUCAAAUGUUAGCUCAAAUGAAUGUAUGGAAACUACUUCUGUGUCUUGUAAGAAAAAUAUCUCUGACUUAUUUGAUCCUGACAGUCAUGGCCCGAGCACAACUUCAACUUUAGGACAAGAAUCUUGUUUGUAUGGAAAUAGUUUUACAAAUAAUUUGAAAGGAACAAGAAAAUCAGAAAAGUCUCCCUGUUUACAGUUUACUUUAAAUAAAACUGAAAAAGUGGUGACCAAAGACGAUAGUUCAUCUUGUCAUGAUGCUGUUUCUCUUAACAAGAAAUCGAUUGACUUGAAUAGAAAUGAUGUCAAACGUGACGUGGAAGUGUCUUCAAUUGUUGAGAAAAAUCCAAUUCAAGAUGUCUUACAAAUGGACGGAAAAUAUCGUGGUGAUUCGAUAACUUUUCAAAAUGAAAAUGUUUGCAAGAAUUUAGUAAAAAGUUCUGGGAUGAAUCAAAUAAGUUUAUGUAAGGAUAACGCUGUCCAAAAGUACAAUGAAAACUCACAGUACUGCGAGAAAACGGAGGUGACAAAAACAGGAAAUGAGGAUAACGCCAUUGCAAAGAAACAUAGUGGUUAUAAUGAUGAUUUUAAAGAAAAGAAGAAGCGUGAACGUCCUAAGAAAAAAUGUACGAAAGCUAAAGUCAUCGAUUGUCGGAGUGAGGUAAAUGAUAAUAAAAAACGCAGAGAUUGUGAUUUAAGAAACAAUAAAAUGCGAAACAAAAGAAAUUCUCCAAGAGUUUUAAUGGAUGCUUGCGUACGGCUGGAGAAGAUUUCUGUUGAAGAUUUAAAAUUUAAAACGUCGUCUAAAAUUGUGGAGCAUCCUAAAGAUGUUGUUAAUUGUGGAAAGAACAAAAAUGACGAAGAUUUAGAGUUAAAAGAUAUGGAAGAUUUUAUACAUAUGAAAGAUAAAUUUACAUCAUUGCAAAGCUAUGAGAAGAAUACUUUAGUUGAGAAAAAUCAUUCUGGUUAUGGAAACACACCUUCAUUUUCUUCUUUUCUACAAAACGCGUCUGCUGACUCUAUUAACGUAUCUUGUAAGGAAUGUAUGAUAGAUGUGGAUAAGCAUGAACUUCAAAGGAUUGAGAAGUCCUUUGAUGAACCUGACUUUAUUGAGGAUAAUAUCACCCUGAAUGAUAAGGUUGACAAAUCUUGUGGGAAAUUGAGGGAUUUUCAAAUCACAUUUAUCGACGAAAGUAAUGUGUUUUUAUCGUGCGGUGAUAUCGUAAAUAAAGAUUUUAUCAACUCUCUUGAAACAAAAACAACUAAAGAUCACCGUGUUCACAGUAUAUCUUCAGUAUUGGAGUCGUUAAAUACUGACAACGAUAAUGGUUUUAAUGAUUUUGUUGUGGAAGAUUGCUCGAGGAAUGUUGAAUUGGAUUUUGAAGAUGAUUUGUUUGCCUUAACACCAAACCAAACUGAAAAGAAUUUUGAUCAAUACUUGGAACAUGUUGAUCACAGAUCUGUGUGUAGUGAAUCUAAAAGUGAAAAUCUGAUUGAUUCACCUUCGGAAUCUUUGUGUUUGACCGAUGAAAAACAUCCUUUGUACAGUCAUUAUAGUGAUGGGUGCUCUAGUGGAAGUUCUAUGGUGUUAAGGCUUCCACCAGAUGAGGAAAGCUUUGAAUGGAAUCUUGAUGAGUCAUUUGACGGUCACCAGUCCUCUGGUACGAGUAAUAACCUCGGAAGUCCUGAUAGUAGUACAGUUCCUGUUGUUACCGAGGUCAGGGACUUAAAUUUAGAAAGGACUGGGGAAUGUUUUAGUAAGAAUAAUGUAAUAAAGGGUGAAGAAGUUGUUUGUGAUGUUUCAAACAUGGAAAUAUCGCGUGAUUUACACAAUAAAGAACAUAUUAAAGGCGCUUUUGUGGGUAAUGAUAUUUUUUAUGAAAUGUCUGUGGACAAUAAUGAUUGUGACCAAGUAUCAGUGGAUAAAGAUGGUUUUGAUCAGGUGUCUGUGAAUAAUGAUGGUUGUAAUGAAGUAUAUGUGGAUAAUGAUGUUCAUAAUCAAGUAUAUGCGGAUAAUGAUGGUUGUAAUCAGGUAGCUGUGGAGUAUGAUGGUUGUCGUCAAGUAUUUGAGGAUAGUGAUGGUUAUAAUCAACUAUAUGUUAAUAAAGAUAGUUCUUACCAAGUAUAUAAAGACCAAAAAGAAUCCCAUUCAAAAAUCAAAAACAUCAACACAUCCCAGGCAGAAGGUAGUUAUGAAUUGAAGAUUUGGAGACCAACAAUAAUGCCUCCAUCACCAAAUUAUGUUAAAGAAACACGUCAUAUCUACAAUCUACCUCAUGUUCGUCAUCAAAAAGCGUUUUGUAGAGAUUCCAAUGAUUUACCGUUAACAACGAAGGUCGUCGGUGGACGGCGUCUUCAUUUGUCUUCAUUAUCGGUAAAAGAGCUUCCUGAAUUCAAUCUUGGCGGGAACUUCAGGACUUUGAGGGAACUCCAAGACCAAUGUGUAUCCAAGAUGGACAACGGUUUACUCAUGGACUGUCUAGCUUCAGAGGGUAAAAUUAGUAAUUUUCCUCAAUAUAAGGAUAUACCUGGAAAACUAAAGAUUGUCUUAAUGGGAGAUCGUGACGUGAUAAUCACUCCAGUUAAACUACCGCCAACGAGGAAAGAUGUCGAGAAAUGGAUGUUGACAAAAAGGCCUGGAAGUGAACGUUUGAAUACCUCAGAUAUUGUUUCAGAGGAUUGCGAAAUUCCUAAAAUUGCGAAUUUUGUUAAUGGAGAGACGUUUGUGACAGAACAUAAACUGCUUGAAAGUAGUGGCGGUCAAAGUUUACAAGAAAAUAAUGAGGAAAGUCAAGGAAAUUCCGGGAACAUUCCUUCGUGUCACGUGAUUGGUCCAAAACACAGUACACCUGUAGUUGAUUGUGAAAAUAAAAGUCAUAAAGUAUGGCAUUGUACUCCUAUAGAUCAUGUUAAAGAUAAGAAUAAUGAAGAAUCUCGCAAGGAAAAAGAUUUAAAACUACAAAACCUAAGGAGAAAUUUACUCAAGAAUCACGAAAAGGACUAUCCAUUACCAGGCGCACACCAACAAACAUCUCUCAGUGAAGGAUCUUAUAUUGAAGGACCUACACCAACAAAUAGUUUUGGAUUUCAAAUUUCUCAACCAAAUAUUCAAGAUGCCAAGUCCCUUCGCCAGGUUCAAUUUCUAACUUUGCUGAGUGUAGAACUUCAUGUAAGAACAAGGAGAAGUUUACGUCCAGACCCAGAGUUUGACGUAAUUUGUGCAAUAUUUUAUCAUAUUGAAAACGAGACAAAAGAUGGGAAGAAAUAUGAAACUGGAGUGAUAGUAACUCUACGAGAGAUGACGAAAAUUAGAAACACUAAUGAUGACGUAUGUCAGUCUACAAGUGCGACAGACACGACAAAAACAUCCCAUGUAAAAGGAACCUUACAGCGUCAUUUUUGUAAUUCAAACAAUCUUGAGGUUGUAACAGUGGAAGAAGAAACUGAUGUUAUCAAUCAUUUGGUUAAAAUUGUCCAUGAAAAAGAUCCUGACAUCUUGCUGGGCUUUGAAGUUCAAAUGUUGUCUUGGGGAUAUCUUAUACAGCGCGCUACGACUCUUGGGAUUGAUAUAGCAUCACAAUUAUCUCGAGUGCAGGAUACUUCCGGUACGGCGCGGUUUGAUGCGGAAAUUGACAAGUGGGGAGCUAAUCAUACGUCAGAGAUUACAAUUACGGGAAGAAUUAUUUUAAAUGUUUGGCGACUUAUGAAACACGAGGUGACUUUGAAUGUCUACUCGUUUGAGAAUGUAUCAUACCACGUACUGCACGAAAGAGUACCGCUGUACAGUUAUCGUCAGCUCACACAAUGGUGGGAUAAGAAACUACCUCAUGAUCGUUGGAGAACUGUGGAGCACUACGUCAUUCGUUGUCAAGGCAACAUCAGGAUUUUGAAUCAGCUCGACUUCAUUAACAGGACAAGUGAGUUCGCAAGGCUUUAUGGGAUACUCUUUUACAGUGUGAUAUCACGUGGUUCACAGUUUCGUGUUGAGUCGAUGAUGUUUCGUCUUACAAAACCAAUGAAUUAUAUUUCUGUUUCACCAAGUAUACAGCAGAGAGCUAGAAUGGAUGCACCAGAAUGUAUCCCUUUGGUCAUGGAGCCCGAAUCUCGUUUCUAUGUUGAUCCCGUUAUUGUGUUGGAUUUUCAAUCUCUUUAUCCCUCUAUGAUCAUAGCCUAUAAUUAUUGUUAUUCCACUUGUCUUGGAAAGCUUGCCAGAUUAAAUAAAAUUGGUCAUUUUGAGUUUGGUUGUACAUCGUUAAAUGUUCCUCCAACAUUACUGGAGAAACUGCAAGAUGAUAUUCAUGUAAGCGCCAACGGCUCUGUUUUUGUAAAAUCUAACAUAAGACGAGGAAUUUUACCCAGAAUGUUAGAGGAGAUAUUAUACACACGUAUUAUGGUAAAGAAAGCUUUGAAAGAUUGUAAAGAUGAUAAAACUCUUCUUCAACUUCUUGAUGCUCGACAACUUGCUUUAAAGUUGAUUGCAAAUGUCACUUAUGGUUACACAUCAGCAAACUUCUCAGGACGAAUGCCUUGUGUUGAGAUUGCUGACGCCAUUGUUCGUAAAGCACGCGAGACCCUGGAACGAGCUAUCAAUCUCGUGAACACAAGGGAUGAGUGGGGUGGUCGUGUGGUAUAUGGGGACACCGAUAGUCUUUUCGUAUUAGUAAAAGGUGCCAGUAAAGAGGAAGCGUUUAAGAUUGGAAAAGAAAUUGUUGAUGCUGUUACUGCAGAGAAUCCUAAACCUGUGAAAUUAAAGUUUGAAAAGGUAUAUAUGCCUUGUGUUCUUCAAACAAAGAAACGUUACGUUGGUUAUAUGUACGAAACAUUAGAACAGAAAGAUCCAGUGUUUGAUGCGAAAGGAAUAGAGACUGUACGGCGAGAUACAUGUCCAGCGGUCGCUAAGAUUUUAGAGAAGUCUUUAAGGAUUUUAUUUGAAGAAAGAGACGUGAGUCUUGUGAAGAAGUUUGUCCAGCGGCAGUUCGUUAAAAUGAUGAAAGAUAGAGUAUCGAUUCAGGAUUUCAUCUUUGCUAAGGAAUAUCGUGGUAUGAAAAGAUAUAAACCAAAAGCAUGUGUUCCAGCUUUGGAAAUUGCAAGACGUCAUUUGUCACGUGAUCGUCGCGCGGAACCUCGCGUGGGAGAACGUGUACCUUACGUCAUUGUUAACGGCAGUCCUGGACUACCAUUGAUUCAAUUGGUUAAAGAUCCUAUUGAUGUGUUAAAUGAUAAAAAUCUACGCCUCAAUACCAUCUACUAUGUUCAAAAACAAAUACUUCCUCCAUUGGAUCGAGUUUUUUCCUUGAUUGGUGUUGAUGUGUUUUCAUGGUAUACACAACUACCCCGCUAUAUCCCUCGACAUCGUGUUAUUGCUAGGAAACAAAAACGUUCGAUUUCUCGGUUUUUUACAACUCUACACUGUCCUGUAUGUGAACAAUUAACACAGCACGGUUUGUGUCAAAGUUGUCGUAGCAACCCUCAAAAGUCUGUCUUUAUUCUGGCAAGUAGAGUGGGGAACUGGGAAAGAAAAUACAGUCAUCUUAAAGAGAUAUGUUUUCAGUGUUGUGGAGCUAGAGAUGAACAACUGAGCUGUAUAUCACUGGAUUGUCCUGUUAUGUUUAAACUAGAGAAGUUAAAAACAAAUAUGGAAUAUGGAAUGACAUUAAGAGACUUUCAAAAAACAAUUGAAGAAAGUUAUGGUCAGUCAGAGGUAAACAAUAUAACCACCAAACGUUGAUGGUAUAUUAUGUUGUAUGUGGUUGGUUUGGGAAUUUCUUCAAAUGUUAUAAUAAGCAAAAAUUUGAAGUGCCUGAAAAACAAUUAAUUAACUCCUCUCUUCUCAAGAAUAACAAGAUUACGAUGGAUGAACAAGCAAUAAAACUUGCAAUGUAAUUUAUAAUAAUUCAUUUAUAUUUUAUCUAAUUUGUGCAUUUAAAAAUUACAGUAUGUUUUGCUAUGCUAGGACUUGCCAAUUCUAUUGAAAAAUUCUUAAAAUUA